AUGUUUUUUGUUCUUUUUUGUCAAUUAGCCUUUCAAGUUGCCAAUGUCAUAACAUUAACACCUGAUAAUUGGCAGCAGCUUGUAGAUAAAAGAGAUCCAGAAAGUGUUUGGCUGAUUUUUUUCAGAACUAAUGGGCAUAUGGGAUCAAAAUCAAUAUUUCCAAUAUUUGAAAAUGCUUCACGUAUAGCUGAUGGACUAUUUAACUUUGGUCUUGUAACAGAUGAUCCGGAUUUCCCUGUUUUAAUGCGAUAUAAAGUUGAAACCGUUCCAACAAUCAUAAUUCUACACAAAACAGGUUACAAGAAAUAUAAAGGAAAGUAUACUGAGAACGAUUUACUUAAAGCUGCAGCAAAAUUCUUGAAAGAUCACACAAAGAAAGCAACCCUUGAAUGGAUUAACGAACCUCAGGAUACAGCAAUCUUGUUUACCGAUAAAUCGUUCAUUCCAAGUCUUUGGGUUGGAAUUUCUUCUGAUUUCAGAAAUAAAUUACGAAUUGGAGUCACAAACUCAACAGAAGUAAUGAGAGCUUACGGAGUUACAAAACUACCAUCAAUUAUAAUGAUGAAUUCAUCAUACAGAACUUUCUACAAAGGAAGGAUUUCAUUUGGUGCGAUUUCUCAGACUUUGACAGAUUUCAUUCAAGAUUCAUACGAAGAACCAUACGUUUACGAUCCUGACUACUUAUUCCCCGAUGAAUAUCAAAAGCAAACAGCUAAUUUUACAGGCUAUAUCGCUUUUGCAGUUACAGACGAAUUGGAAGCAGAUUUCCAGAGAACGAAAGAUACAAGAACUCCAAGAAGGUUUAAAUUCUUCUACGGAACAGAAAAUCUUCCUUAUAAAUUUAUGACGCCAGGAACUUAUUGGAUUUUGCAGCCAAGCAAAAAUAGGAUUGCAAAAUGCAAUAGUGCUAAGGAAAUCUUCGAUUUUUGCGCUAAAAUUGUUGAUGGAGAAAUGAAAUGGCAAGAUCUUAAUUCUUAUUUAUAA